AUGGUAAUAACUGAAUGUGCUUCGCAUUUAUGCUUUCGAGUCAGAAGUGUACCCGUGGGAUUGUCGGGUGUUCGUUUGCAUGCAUAUCUAAAUCCCACUGCCAACGGGUCUCGUUUGAUCCAUCGGGACACGAGACCGGAACCAGCGAUAAGAUGUUCAACCCUGAGGGGUGCUACGAGACUACCGGUGGCUCCAGAUCAUCGUAGCGAAGCAAGAUUGAGGAUCGACCCGAAGGUUCUGGUCUUUGUUGAGACUCUCUACUCGAGGGUGGGUCGAGAGAUCGCCGAGUUGCUCGUUUACAAUCGGAUUAAAUACAAAGUAGAAGUAGCGGGUAAAUCAUUGCCAGUGCUGACGAACCUCGAUAAAGGGAGAUACGGUGUGCUGGUAUUUGAAAAUCUGAACAAGUAUCUUCAAAUGGACAAAUGGAACCGUGAGUUGCUCGAUAAAUAUUGCCGCGAAUACUCUGUUGGAAUUGUUGGAUUUGCACCACCCGGUGAGGAAAGUCUUGUGGGCGCCCAAUUGAAAGGAUUUCCAUUAUUCAUCCACACGAAUUUACGACUCAAGGAUGCACAGCUGAACGCGGCCUCACCUAUCUUGAGGUUGACCAGAUCCGGCGAGACUGCCUGGGGGCCUCUACCCGGUGGUGACUGGACCAUUUUUCAACCAAACGACAGCACGUACGAGCCACUAGCCUGGGCGUACCGAGACAGCCUCGACUAUACUAAUCAAAAAACUCCUCUCGCCACCGUGAUACAGGAUCACGGAAGAUAUGAUGGUAUACAGCGAGUGUUUUUUGGAAGCGGACUCCGUUUUUGGCUCCACAAAUUACUCUUACUGGAUUCGCUUUCGUAUUUAUCACACGGACAAUUGAGCCUCAGUCUUAAUCGCAUGAUACUGGUGGAUGUAGAUGAUAUAUUUGUUGGUGAAAAAGGCACGCGAUUGAAGAAGGACGACGUUCUGGCGCUUUUGGCAACGCAACAAAGGAUCCAAGCGCUCGUGCCAGGGUUUAAAUUUAACUUGGGGUUUUCCGGAAAGUAUUUCCAUCACGGAACGUCCGAGGAGAAUCUGGGGGACGAUAUGCUGCUGGAGAACGUCGACAGAUUCUCGUGGUUUUCACACAUGUGGAAUCACCAACAGCCGCAUCUCUACGAGAAUGUAACUCAUCUACAAUUGGACAUGGGCCUUAAUAAGCAAUUUGCAAAGGAACACGGUAUACCGACGGUGAGUGGUUACAGUGUCAGUCCUCAUCACUCAGGAGUUUAUCCGGUACAUGAGGGACUGUAUGAAGCUUGGAAGCGAGUUUGGAACAUCAAAGUCACCAGUACCGAGGAGUAUCCACACCUGAGACCUGCUCGACUUAGGCGUGGCUUCAUUCAUCGCAAUAUUAUGGUUUUGCCACGACAAACUUGCGGGCUUUUUACUCAUACAAUUUUCAUUGAAAGAUAUCCCGGUGGAAGAGACAAAUUGGAUGAAUCUAUACAGGGCGGUGAAUUAUUUCAGACCAUUGUUUACAAUCCAUUUAUUGAGUUAUUAAUACAAAGACCGAUAAUUACUUCUCAGAUAAACAUCUUCAUGACGCACAUGUCCAAUUACGGUAAUGAUCGUCUGGCUCUUUAUACAUUUGAAUCGGUCAUUAAAUUCAUCCAGUGCUGGACAAAUCUACGGCUUUCGAGUGCCCCGCCGCUCCAAUUAGGAGAACGCUAUUUCCAAUUAUACCCUGAAGAGGCGGAUCCCGUUUGGGGAAAUCCUUGUGAUGACCCCCGACACCAAAAAAUAUGGUCGAAAAAUAAGACCUGCGAUCAAUUACCGAGGUUUCUCGUUAUUGGCCCACAAAAAACUGGGACGACAGCUCUCUAUACAUUUCUCUCAAUUCACCCGGCAAUAAGCAGCAAUCUACCCAGUCCUGAUACUUUUGAGGAAAUUCAAUUUUUCAAUGGAAAAAAUUAUUACAAAGGGCUCGAUUGGUACAUGAGUUUCUUCCCAGCGUCAAAAAACGAAAGCUCGCGGUACUUGUUUGAAAAAUCAGCGACAUAUUUUGACGGGGAGUUAGUGCCACGACGAGCUCACGCGCUUCUACCAAAAGCGAAACUUGUAACGAUUCUGCUAUCACCAGCCAGAAGAGCGUACUCGUGGUAUCAGCAUACGCGUGCUCAUGGUGAUCCGGUGGCAAACAACUACAGCUUUCAUGCGGUGAUAACGGCAAGUGACACCGCUCCAAAACCGCUACGUGAUCUUCGCAACAGAUGCUUAAACCCCGGUAAAUAUGCUCAGCACUUGGAACGGUGGCUGUCGUACUACUUGCCUCAGCAGUUGCACAUUAUUGACGGGGAACAAUUGCGCCAGAAUCCCGUUGAAACGUUGCACGAGCUACAGCGAUUUUUGAAAAUAACACCGGCGUUUAAUUACUCAACUCACUUGAGAUAUGACCCAAAAAAAGGAUUCUUUUGUCAAGUCACUAAUGAAGAUCAUACAAAGUGCCUCGGCAAAAGUAAAGGUCGUCAGUAUCCCCCGAUGGAAGAUAGGUCGUACAAACUGUUGCAGAGGUAUUAUCUAUCUCACAAUACGGCAUUAGUUAAGCUCCUUAAACGACUCGGCUCACGGACCAUACCACAAUGGUUAAAGGACGAUCUCACGGAUACUGUGAUGACCUAG